GGGGGUCUCCUGUUAUAAAAACCGCAUCGAUUUUCGAGCUACCACUAACGCACAGUCAUUCGACCGAUCAAGUAGCCAUGGCUCUCCAACUUGUGCUCCUCGCCUCUCUUAUGGCUGUCGCUAUAGCCGCCCCCCAAUCGCUCCCAACCGCCCCCAACUACGGUCACAGUGCAUCCGCGUACACCGAGGAUAUGAAACCCGUCGACGCAGACUACGACUCGAAUCCGGAGUACAGUUUUUCGUACGAGGUGCACGACGAGCUGUCCGGGGACGUGAAGAGCCACCAAGAAGCGAGACACGGCGACGUUGUCGAGGGCUUCUACACCCUGAUCGAACCUGAUGGCCACCGUCGGAUCGUCGAGUACAAAGCCGACGGUCAGAGCGGAUUCAAUGCCGUUGUUCGUAGGGAACCUGUAGGAACUCGAAACGUCUACAAUAAUGGUGUCCAAACCGCAGGUUACAAUGCAAACGAUUACCAGCAUUGAGUAACACAUGUAUAUGUUAUUCAUAGAUAUUAUUGUGUACUUUAGAAAUAAACGGUUUUGCUAUAAAACGUA